CUGUUCUUAGAAGUAUGGAAAUUAUUUUCCGAAAUCUUUCGAGAGAUUUCCAUGUGAACUAAUUAUAUUCGAAGGAUUCGUCCCGUGUAAGUGUUUGUGUAUAGUCUAAACAUCCUGGAAAUAUUUACUAGGUCAAGUUAUCCAGUUUACUAAAUAAUGCUUAGGUUUUAAUUGGAAAACGAAGAUGGCAGAUGGAUUUGAAAAUGCGUUUAAAGCAUUUAUUCAGAGUCAGCAACCAGGGUCUUAUUUAGACAAAAACAACAAUACUGAUGAUGAUGAGGAUUCAUAUGAAUCUGAAAGUGAAACAGAUGACAAGUUAUCAGAUGAUGUUCCAAAGUCUAAAGUAAGAAACAAAAAAAAUGAGAAUGAUGGUAGUUCUGGAGAAAAAUCUGGCCACAAACCCAUCCCAAAACUUAAACUUAUGGUAGACCCUGAUUAUGUUCCUCCUGAAAGUCUUUCUCCAUUUUCUCUAAAGAGAUAUAUCAGGAGCCCAAAUACUCAUGUAGUGAAAUUAGACUCGUAUUCAAGUCAAGUGCUCUCUAAAUCAAAUCCCUUCAAUUCUACUCAUAGCAAUUACUUCAAUGAAGAAAUAGAGAAAAGACUUAUUGGCAAUUGUACAAGUUCAGAGGGAACAAAAAAGGCCCUUUUCCCAGUAAAAGUACCAUUUAUUAACUCAAAGAAAACACAAACUCCAAAUUCUCGACUAAAAUGUACUUAUCAAGCACAGAUAGUGUUAAAAAAGUAUGGUUUACAGUAUCCUGCGCGUAAACGUAAACUAACGUCUAGUUCAGUUGAAAAGUUAUCUGUAUCUAAGUCAUUAUCUAAAGAUAUCAAAUAUAACCAGUUAUUAAGUAAGGACCCUGUUGUCAACAAAACAGAGUGUGAUAGUCAUUAUUUUUGUGCCCAAGGUGAGGGUCUUUCUCGAAACAGUCCAGAGGCAGCUAAAAGUGUCAUUUCAUCACCAGCUAAUGCUUCAGUUGGUGAAAGUUGUUUAACUGAUUCUAGUGUUUCUCCCAUGUACGAUUCUAUAGCUUCGACCACAAAUACUUUUGACAACCAUUACACUGAUCAUAUAGAGACUGUAGCGAGGGUAUCAAUAGAAGCUUGUCCGCCUGAUAGAUCAGAUGGACACAAUAUGAGUCGGAUUAGUUCUUCAAAAUUAGAAUGUGGGAACUGUGAUAUGACAUGUAGCUGUACUUGUGAACAUACCACCGAACCCAAGACUAAAGAAUCAAAAGAUCGAAACUCAAAAUCGAGACGUCAUACGGUUUGUACAGAAAGUGAAACAGACUUUACAGAGAUUGUGUCACAACAUUUAACUAGCCAAUUUGGUAACAAAGUUAAAUCAAGUGGUAGGGAAAGAAAACGUUCAGGAAAGAGAAAGCGUAAUUAUUCUGAGAUUCACAAUAAUCAUGAUCCGGACUUUGUGUACAAUGAAGAUGACAUUGAGGAAACUAAUGUAAGCCAUUUAGAGCGAAAGAAAAGGACUCGUCCAAGAAGGAACAGCUCUUGUUUGUGUUGUUCAAAUAAAGCUUCAAAGCGUGUGCGAAGACAGUCGUUAAAGUGCAAUAUGGCAGAUUUUAAAAAUUUGUCAGCUAGAAACCAAAAGUUUAUCCAAUUUUCAGUCCAACUCUCAAACAUACAGAACAAAUUACAUUUACUUUUCUGUUCUGUGUUUCCGAGACUUGUUCCCAUUUUAAAUAACAUCACACCCGAAUCUCUACAGUUUCAACAAAUUAUUGAUGAUAUAUUACAAACCCUUGAAACAUCAGACGACCAAGAAUUACAAAAUGAUACACUUGGUGUAGUCGACAUGUUUGAAGAUCUUCAUCUUAAAAACAGUAAUGGGUUAGUUCCUAUCUAUGAACCGAAAAUACAGUUGUGUCAAAAUCCGGAACAAUGUUUGAAUAUGUUUCGAGAUAAAGUUGUUAGUUUGUUACAAUUAUUGCUUCCUUCUCUUAUUAUUAGUCUGGAUAGUUUUUUAACAAACCCAAAAGAACUGGAGAAAUUUUUAGAUAAAGUUAUAUCCAGUAAUUGUGUGAAGUAAAUAUUAAAGGGAACAUUCUUUAGUUAGUAUGUCAUGUAUAUUAUCUCCUGUAUUCUGAUUCUCAAACAUUGAUGAGUGCUGAACAUAGUGUAAACUCAGAAGUUUUUAAGCAGGCCAUAAAAUUUGAGUAUAUGUCCCUUUAUUAAUUUUUGCUAGCUUAAUUCAUUAAAUUCAAGACUGAUGGUAAUUCUUUUCCAUUUUACUUUCAAUUUAUAGUCUUGAUUUGAGUUUAUUGAGACAAUACAUUUUGCACUAAAAGAAAGACUUUCAAACAUUACCCUGCUUAACCCAACAAUUACCUAACCAUAUUUAGUGGAACUGAAUGUUUGGUUACACAAAAUAAGAAAUUGUAAUGUAUGCAGAAUUUUGAAAUUUUAGGGCCUGAUAAAGAACAAAAAUAAACCGAAUCAGCAGUUGGAAAUACAUCCCUGAACAAGAACUCAGUUGAUAAUAUUCUUUCAAAACUUGGAAACUUUUUGUUUUUUCUCCCAAUUCUCUCAUAUUCAUAAAUCAGUAUGUGCUUCAAAAUUAAACCUCUCUCUCUAAAAAUGAUUCUCUGUAUUUGGUAUUUCCAUAUUUUUUGUAAUUUUCAAUCUUUAGAGAUCAUUUAGACUAUCCUGGAUGGUCUUGUAAUCUAUUGUUUAUUGUAUGUUGUAAUGUUUAUCAUAAAUGAGCAGCAUUGUUCAUGACUAUGUUACCUUUUAUUUAAUUCAUUUUCAUUUAUUUUCAUUAGUUAUCAUUACAUAUAAGAAAUAUGAUAUAGAAACAUAACUUAUUGAAGAGUUUUGUAAAUAGGUAAUGUCGGUGAAUACCUGAUUUGUUAUUUCCUUUAUCCAUAAGGAUGUUAUGUUUAUAUAUGUAAAUGUUUGAAUUUUGUGAUGCCCAAAGUUGUUGAUUCUUUCUUAUGCUUAAACAAGUAUGGAUUUUGUGAUCCUCGGGAACUGUUUGUUCCAUGUAUUAAGGUGUCUUUCGAUAUGGUCACAAAAAUGUUCAAAAAAGAUUAUAUUUCUAUGUACAUGUGCGUUUAUAUUUGCUAUAAGUAUCUGUAUGUAAAUUUUGUUGGUUAUUUAAUUACUGUUACGUAUGUAAGAUAUUCAUACAUGUUAUGUAAUUUACAUGUAUUAAAUUGAAUGAAUUGUCUUACAUUAGAUGGAAGAAACUCAAAGUCAAUCAUCACUUAAACAAUAUUUAGUUUUGCUGUAUUUUCACAGACUUGAUUUUUUUUUAUUCUGUUUUUUUUUUAAAAUGUUCUUUUGCAUAGAGAUUUAUGAACCACCUCACCACCUAUUUACAUUGUGUAUGAUAGUUUUGAAAUAUAUUUACAGAUAGACUUUCUGCCCUUGUAAAUGAUUCAUGGCAACUUAAAUAGAACAAAAUCUAUUAACAGACAUUUCAGAAUGUUUGUUAAUGUGUUUCUUCGACAAUGAGAAAACAAUUACCAGGUAGUUUUUGUUAUACAUGUAUAUUGCGUUAAACUAAGAAUGUGAUAACAUAUAAGAAAGUUGUUAUAUUGGAUGGUGAUUGAUAAUGUAAUGUUGUUUGGUAUAGUCCUAUACCCUGUUCCACUUAACUAACUUUCUUAAAGAAAAAUUACAUAUACCGGUACAUGUAUAUUGUGUUUCAAUACGUCUUGAAGGAAGGGACAAUUUAACCUAAAUUCAUCUCCAAGAAUUUAUCCUUUUGUAUGCGCCCUCACAGAUAUGUGGUUGUACAUUGUCAUCGCUUCCAUCCGUCGGUCUGUCAUCUAAUCAUUUUGAAAUUUAUAAAUAUGUUGUUUACAUUUGUGAGACGAAGAAGCCUAUUUUAUUUCAACAAUAUCCAUUAAUUACUUCUAUAGUUGUAGCCCUUGUUUCACUUUGUACAAUCUUGUGAACGCUCUAAUGAGAAAAGUUAUCAACUUAUCUGUAUUUAAUUUAUAUGCAUUAUUUGAAUUAGUACAAUAAAGAAGCCUAUAGAAUUUCCAAUUUCCACGAAUAGCUUCUGGAGUUAUGAUCCUUGUUUCAUUGUGUAGAAACUUGCAAUCUGAUUAAAACACAGAUACUAUUUCGUUUCGUUUUUUAUAGUUCAAAAUUUCGUUUUGCUUGUCUUUACUACAAGGAUCUGGAAGAGUUGUUAUAUAACAAGCUUUCUGGUUGAUGUGGGGAAUUAGCAAAUGAAACGGUCUGUUAUGGCUAGUUCUUGGCGUGCUGUGCACGGAACUGUGAGUAAACCACUAGAAACACCAACACUGAUUGAUUAAUCAAUGUCUGACGUCAUAGGGUCAAUAGUCGCUUGUAUGACCUACCACUACAACUGGUCAGAUUUCAUGUAGUAGAGGCCAUCAAAAGUAUAAAAAAACCACGAAAUAUAGAUCUGUAAUUUAAUCAGAUUGUAGAAACUUGUGGAUGCUUUAACGACAGAAGUUAUCAUCUGAUCUGUAUAAAAUUUAAGAAGGCUAUCGUAAAGUUAUUAUCCAAUCUGUCUUGUAAAUGCUCACAUUACCUACAAAAAAUAAAUAUGUGGCAACCCUUGUCGACUGCCCGGAUGAUUUAGCUGCUGUUGGCGUAUGUUCAUUAUUGCCUGACAAUCUAUCUUUUUUUUCCAAGAUAAUAAGCAAAAAUGCAAGAAUUAAUCAUUAGUUACAUUUUUACUUCUUUGUAUGUCUCAGAUUCCUUGUAAUAAGCUAAGACAAUUCUGAAGAAUAUUAUUUAUUAAAUUGCUGUCUUUAAGUAAAUAAUAAUGUAAAUUUUGUACAGUUACCCUUUUAAUAUUGUACAGGGUGUCUCAUAGGUUUGAAUAUUUAAAAUAUUUAAGGGUGUUCAGGUUAUUAUUUGCAAAUUUUUCAAAAAAAACAAACAAACGUGGAUUCAUUUAUCUAGUUUUGGAUUAUAUUGAGUGCAUUAUAAAUGCCUAUAUUUUAUAUAUUUUAUUAUAAGAAAUAAAUUUAACUUAAGUUUGAGCAUGGGAUGAUGGCAGUCAGAUGCAAAAUUAUCAGCAAUAACAUGAAAUGAAAUCAAUUCUUGUAUUUUUAACAAUGUAUAAACACCAAUAUGAGCUAUUGCUGUCCUUUGGAAAAGCUUUAGCAACUGGUAACCUUGACAAAAUAUUAUGUUUUUAAAUAGGAAAAAGUCAUCAGCUAAUUUAAUGAGUUAUACAAUUGCUUUAAAAAUGAUCUUUUGAAUGAAAUUUCAUUAACUAGUUUUUUUUUUCUAAGUUAAAUGGGCGAAUUACUUCAUACAAAUUGCAUUAUUUAUUAACAAACCAAGACUUUCUAGAAAAGAAAAUUGAUAACAAAGGUCUUUCAAGUGUGCAGGGAUUCCGUCUUCAAGUCUAUAUACCAGUUUAUUUGGGAUAAAAUGCAGGUAGAUAGUGAAGGACAAUGAGGAAUUUAUACCAACUGCCUUCUUGAUUUGACAUUUGACAUCAUACAGACAUGGUACUUUGUCAAUUCAGGAAUUAUUUAAAGUAAAUGUACAAGUAUUUCUUACACACUAUAAAGUGUCUGAUGAAAUUUAUGAAAAAAAUCUAUUAAAAAUCAAAUGUGGUACUAUUCUGGAACAGAUGUAGAAAAAAAAAUUAUUUGAAAAAUAUUAUUGAUGUGUGUUGAAUUGUUAUAUAAGUAUUAGACUUUUGGGACACCCCUUAUUAAUUAUAAACUGCUGAGAACUUGAUGGGGAGAUAUGAUUCUGAACAGGUAUUUAUUAUGUAUAUAAAGAUAAUUAUUGACUCAAGACAUGCGAUAUUAUGGAGUACUUCAAAAUAUAAUUUUAAACAAAAUUAUUAAAGACAGAGCUACUAGUACAGACAGAAUCUUUGUUAUACUUCACUAUAUGAUAUUUGUUCAGAUUGAUGUUUUGGGGGGGGGGGGGGGUUGUUAAUUCGUAAUAGGUCAUUUCACAGUUCUCAACUCUAGUCCUUUUUUAUUGGUCAGUUUUCUGCAGGUGUUAAUUCAUCAAAAUUUAUGGAACGUCUAUUUUCAUUCAUUAUUACCAACCUCUAUUGUUUUAAACGUUUUUUGUUAUGUUAUUGAUGUUCAAUUUGCAAAAUAUUUCUUUCAUCGGGCACAAAGGAGGUAAAUUCCUAUUUCAACCAAAUUUUAGAUUAUGGUGACCAUAGAUAGUCAUUAUAGUUUAUACACAUCUUGUUCACAAUGUUGAUAACUGUGAAAUUAUCUAUACUACUGCAUAUAGUUAUUUAUUUUAUGUGAGGAACCUUUCGUUUUUAUAUGCCAACAUUGAAAUGUCAUUAUAUAUUGUCGUCACCCCGUCCGUCGAUCUUUCCGUCCGUCGGUCUGGCAUCUACAAUUGCUAGGGGUUUCUGAUAAUUACUGCCAGAGUUAUGGCCCUUAAGCACUUCAAAAUAUCUUGUGGAUGCUCUAGAGGCCAAAGUUAAUAUCCGAUUAACUUUAAAUUUAUACACAGUGUUUAAGGUCAUGAGACGAAGAAGCCUAUUGAUUUUCAGCAAUUUCCGAUCAUUACUGCCAGAGUUAUGACCCUUGAUCACUUCAAAAUAUCUUGUGGAUGUUCUCUUGGCUAAAGAUAAUAUCCGAUUGACUUUAAAUGUAUACACAGUGUUUUAAGGUCAUGAGACAAAGAAGCCCAUUGUUUUCAACAAUUUCUGAUAACUACUGCCAGAAUUAUGGCCCUUGAUCACUUUGAAAAAUCUUGUGGACGCUUUAGAGGCUAAAGUUAAUAUCCGAUUGACUUUAUAUUUAUACAGUGUUUAAGGUCAUGAGAUGAAGAAGCCUAUCAAUUUUCAACAAUCUCUGAUGGUUAUUGCAAUUGAUAUUAAAUGUUUUGUAUGCUAAAUGUUAGUAUAAGGCAGAACUAGAAGUCAAAUGGGUUGUUACUCAUGAUCAGAUUUUAGUGUGUUGUAAAUGUUUUCAUUUUUGACAAAAGAAAAGAAUAUAUGUCACAACCCUUGUUGACUGCCCUGACAACUUGGCUGCUGUAGGCAUGGUUUGUUGCCUGGCAACCUAUCUUUUUAUCUGUAUAUAUUGGUGCAAUUAAGGUUUAAAAAUUGAAUUAAACAUGUUAUUCUCACAAAGGUGUUGUCAAAAGGCUUCAUAUGUUAAUGAAUGUAUUGAAGCAUUCUCUAUUUAGAAACUUCCGAAACACAUUGUCUUGGACUUUAGCCGGUCUCACAUUUGGAUAUAGGCCUAAACUGGAAUUAUCUUGGAAUAUUUAUUUCUUUUCAAGAGGUUUUAAAUACGAAACUAUUAGUUGUGAAUCUAGCAUUAUGAUCAAUCACCCUGGAGGUCAAAGAAUAUAGCAACAGAAAAACUAUUUUUAAUUAUAUACCAGUUUUUCUCUCUAAUAAAUACAAUUAAAUCAAAAUAUCUUUGAGAGAAUCACAUAUUAAUAACGAUAUUCGAUAUAUAGUAAUAAAAUGUUCUUUGUGUUUUGUUUAUAACUUGAGUCUACUUAUUAAAACGAACUGAAAAAUA